CGCCUCACGCUUGUUCACAACGACAAACUGGGUCUUGUCUCUCUUUUCCUUCCUUUCCUUUUGAGAAAAUUCUUACCAAAUUUGAAACGAAGGUUGGAAAGAUGAAGUACGUACUAGUUUCUGGAGGUGUGAUUAGUGGGAUUGGGAAGGGCGUUAUUGCCUCUUCGACGGGUCUAUUGUUGAAGACCAUUGCUUUACGUCUCGGCCAUUAA